AGUGCGCUCGCUGCAGUUAGGCCACGUCCCCGGGCCACGUAAGCUCGGCGCUCGCCAUUUUAACGGAUUGAAGUCAGCGGCUGCAGCGACACAGCUCGUCUCCGCGGUCCCCGGUCACCUGUGCCCUCUCUUCUCCCCUCCCCGGGUCACCGUACGUCCCUUAUCCCACAUCUUCUAGCACAAUGAACAUCUUCAGGUUAAGCGGGGACUUGUCCCAUUUGGCAGCCAUCAUUAUCCUGCUGCUGAAGAUCUGGAAGACCCGGUCCUGUGCCGGUAUUUCUGGAAAGAGUCAGCUUCUGUUUGCGAUGGUGUUUACUACUCGGUACCUGGAUCUUUUUACAUCGUUCAUUUCAUUGUACAACACUUCUAUGAAGCUCAUCUAUAUUGGCUGCGCAUAUGCAACAGUCUAUCUGAUAUACAUGAAGUUCAAGGCCACGUAUGAUGGGAACCAUGACACCUUCAGAGUGGAGUUCCUAGUCGUUCCGGUCGGUGGAUUGUCCGUCCUUGUCAAUCACGAUUUCUCUCCCCUUGAGAUCCUAUGGACCUUCUCCAUUUAUCUGGAGUCCGUGGCCAUCCUGCCUCAGCUCUUCAUGAUCAGCAAAACGGGUGAAGCGGAGACAAUCACUACCCAUUACCUCUUCUUCUUGGGCUUGUACCGUGCCUUGUAUCUCUUCAACUGGAUUUGGCGCUAUUCCUUUGAAGGCUUCUUCGACCUGAUUGCCAUAGUGGCAGGAGUGGUGCAAACCAUUCUGUACUGCGACUUCUUCUACUUGUAUGUUACAAAAGUACUAAAAGGAAAGAAGUUGAGUUUGCCAGCAUAAGUGCCAAAGAUCGGACCAGCGGCUGUCCUCCACACUGUUUGGACAGAACAAUCUUUACUAUGAGCGAAGGUGUAAGAUGCCUGAAGCAGAGUCAGAUACACACUACUUUUUUAUGCAGAAUUGCCCUAUUUGCUGCCGGAGAGGCCCCGGGACAGAAUGUGAUGCCAGCCCCUCCAACAGCAAAGUGGUUUAAUGAUUGACUCUCGGAUACCAGCUGAUUUGUUUUACGCAUCUUGCCUUCCUUGUUUUUUAUUAUGAUGUAUAAAGAUUUUUUACAUAAAAGGUAUACUGUAAUAGAUCCAGAGCGCAGUUUCAAUUCAAUAGUUGUUAAAAAAAAGUGACUUUUUUUUGUGCAGUUUACAGCAACUAGAUUUAAGUGCAGAUUUUUGCAGUUUAUUUUCCUCCCCAGUUACUGACUCUCUAGAGUCCAUGAUUUGUCAUAUUUUUUUCUUUCAAUGCUAUUAGUCUGUUUUUAAUAACUCCAAGAUUUUCCAGUCAUUCCACUAUAAUUUAUUUUCUCUUGGGGAGGAAAACCUGCUCGUGUUGAAAUAAUCCAAUCUCUUAAGGAUAUUUGUCUCCUUUAAGCCGUAUUCAUGAAAGGGUUCUCGGAAUAAAGCGUAUGGAUUGCAGUGUGUCAAUGUCAGCAUGUUGCAGGGUACUUGGGUUAUGUCCCUUUAUGGGAUAAACAACUCAGACAUUUUAUACGUGUCACUAAGUGUAUGUGUAGGUUUCUUUGUAUUUACAGAGAGAUUCCCUAAAGAGAAGUGCCAUUAAAUAAUUGAAAGGAA